CCAGUGCUGGCGAUGGUUGCUCCGGAAACAUCCGGAACCAUCGGUGGGGCUGAUCCUUGAUGUCAGCAAGAAAGAAGGCCAGCGAAGAUUCGAUAGCGCCUCGGAGUGAUUGCGAAGGAAAAGUGACGCCUGGCCGUCGCAUCGCAGUGUCCGCAAUAAACGCGUAAAAUGUAACCCCGACAGGCGGCGAGCCUAGUGGUUCCAGGAGGACGGCGAGUGCGGAGUGAGUUUUCGGUUUUUCUUUUCCUCUUCGCGUUUUCAUUCGUUCGACUUUAUUUUACCACGAAUUUUCCGCUCUGCCGAAAAGCGGGCGCGUGAAAGAGAGGGACAGCGUGUGUUUCUUUUUCUUUCCACCUGCCCCGUUUGUUUUCUUUCGAAUUCGGCGCGUCUAAACACUCCCUUAUCGCGCCUCCUCGGUUGGACCCUCACUUUUGGCUUUUGAUUUUUUUCCCGUGCGCCGGACUGUGUGACGACAGAGUGUGUGUGCGUGUUAAUUCUCGUCCGUCGAUUGUUUGUCGUCCUUCUCGCGGUUUGUUGCGUGUGCCGAAGGUAGAGUAAGAGCCGCCGCGCCAUCCGUCCCGUUUCGUGUACUACCGUUACACGGCAUUAUUUUCCACGGCGUCGAUGCUGAUUGCGUCCGGCUCGCCGUGUCCCCGAAACUUUUACUCACCUUCGACGAGACGGUUAUUUUAUUUCGGAUUAUUGUUGUACCCGCCGCUUGGGUAGUCCAGCGCCCGAUGAAGGUUACAAACGCUGAGUUUUCUUCUUUUCUCUCUGGCUGCUAGCGGCGGAAAACGCCACACCGCCGUAUCACAAAGCAACGUGUAGCACAGGAAACACUGUUGAACGGAGAAAGAGAAGCCAUCAUUUGAUCGACACGACAGCACCGUAGAAAGUUGGCGUAAGGCCCUGGUCCCUGGUGGAGGCCGCAAAAGCCUUGAUGGUUCUUGGGAAACACACUCAAACGCUCCUCGCUGUUGUGGGUUUUGGUUUUCCGCUUCACAGCGAAACCGCUAUGUACGUUCGUCGUUAAACACCGGAGUGUCCAGGUUGUUGCUGGCCGGAACAGAAAAUAACAGCAACCACGCUGCUGGUUGGUGGUUUGGGAAGUACCACCAGGUCCUUGGUGAGCAAGUCACGACGGCCUUUCGGCGUACCUGGCCCUGGCAAGGGUAACAAUUGUCAACAAUUUAACGACGGUGCACCGAGCAUAGAAUUUCGUGUUAACAAUUAGACUUGUUUUAAUUUCGAUCGAUAAGGGGUAUCAUUUCUGUAGCAGCCGGUUACAAAAUUUGACUCAACUUGGCACGGAAAACAGUGCACCAACUAGUAUCUGGAUUGUAUCUUGCUCAACAACUGUUUUAUUGUUUCGAAUCGAACGACAUUGAUAUUGCAGAAAUACAGUUUCCGGUUGACAUACUUUAAAAGAAAAACAAAGCAAAACAAAAAGCGAACGUGAACCUACAUCGCAUGCAUAUUAGUUAAGGUUGUUGGUGAUACGCGAAUGGUAGUAGACUUAGUCGCAGAGCUGAUUACAGAGCACUCGGCUAAUCCGCGUUGGAAAGGGACGGGAAGCUUGCCGCCGAUGGUAGAUGGACUUGCCCCGAAAGAGGCAGCCUUUAGUGUGUAGAGUUUCCGAUAGCGGAGCGAAGCUGCUUGUAGACUGAUCGUAGACCCUAUUAGUUUUGCAAAAUGUGGAGCAACGAAAGAUCGCAUGCGAAUGGCGGUGGCAGCGGGGGGUCUCCGGGCAACAACAAAACACUCGGCAUGACCUCAGCAAUCAGCACUGCGGAACCGAAACCGGAAGAUUUACAAAAGACAAAGGAACUGCAAAAGUCGCUAGAACCAUACAAUGUGUUCGAGGCCGAGUCGGAGCUAAACCAUCGUAUGGAGAUUCUGGCCAAACUUAAUACACUGGUAAAACAGUGGGUGCGCGAUGUAUCAAUCGCCAAGAACAUGCCAGAAGCGAUGGCCGAAAAGCUGGGCGGGAAAAUCUACACCUUUGGCUCGUACCGUCUCGGCGUGCACCACAAGGGCGCCGAUAUCGAUGCCCUGUGCGUGUCUCCGCGCAACAUUGACCGAUCCGAUUACUUUGGAUCGUUUUUUGAACUGCUCAAACAACAACCGGAGGUGACGGAGUGUCGGGCUGUCGAGGAAGCGUUUGUACCUGUCAUAAAGAUGAACUUCGAUGGUAUCGAAAUCGAUUUGCUGUUCGCUCGGUUGGCCCUGAAAGAGAUUCCCGAUAAUUUCGAUCUGCGGGACGACAUGCUACUGAAAAAUCUCGACCAAAAGUCCGUCCGCAGUCUGAACGGGUGUCGAGUGACGGAUGAAAUUCUUCGGCUCGUACCAAACAUUGACAACUUUCGCCUUGCGUUGCGAACGAUAAAACUAUGGGCGAAACGGCACGGUAUCUACUCGAACUCUCUAGGAUACUUUGGAGGCGUCUCGUGGGCGAUGCUGGUGGCUCGGACAUGCCAGCUCUACCCGAACGCGGUCGCUGCCACGCUGGUGCACAAGUUCUUCUUGGUGUUUUCCCGCUGGAAGUGGCCUCAGCCCGUGCUACUCAAGCAGCCGGAUAAUGUAAAUCUUGGCUUUCAGGUUUGGGAUCCACGAGUAAACGUACAGGAUCGGUUUCACCUGAUGCCAAUCAUUACACCGGCGUAUCCGCAACAAAACUCUACGUUCAACGUAUCCAGCUCGACGCGAAAAGUGAUGCUGAUGGAGUUUACGCGAGGAAUGCAGAUUACCGACGACAUCAUGAUGGGCAAACAGAUGUGGGAGAAGCUGUUCGAAGCUCCAAGUUUCUUCUAUAGGUAUCGGCAUUUCAUUGUAUUAUUAGUGACCUCAAGUAACGCUGACGAUCAUCUGGAAUGGUGCGGUUUGGUUGAGUCAAAAAUACGCUACCUAAUAUUGAACCUCGAGCGUAAUCAGCACAUCAAUCUGGCGCACGUGAAUCCAAAGUGCUACGAGCAGCACGAGCAGAACUCUGCCACAACACUGAACGGUGCAACGGAAGGGAAACCGGCUUCCGCUUUCUGUUCGCUCUGGUUCAUCGGACUCGAGUUUGAGCGCUCCGAAAAUCUUAAUGUCGACCUCACGGAAAGCAUACAAAGCUUCACAGAUUCCGUGCACAAGCACGCAGUGCACAUUAAACUACUGAAAGACGGAAUGAAAAUCGAAGCACGACACGUACGGCGAAAGCAACUGUCCCAAUACCUCGAUCCCAAUCUGUUGAAGCGCGAACGUAAGAUCUCGGACAGUUACACCACCACCAACAGUGGUAGCGGUACAACCAACAAUGGUUCAGCGUCACCUGCAGCCGGCAACAAUGGUGCCGGAUCGACGAGCGGCCACGGUUCACGGAAGCGAAAGUCGUCCGAAAAUUUGUCCAACUCAACGAGCGGUCUGGUGGCCAGCUGCAGCAGUAGUCCUGUUGCUGGUACGGCGUCAAAUGGCAGUGUGGGAAGUGCAACGAAAAAGCGGCGAAACGAUUCCUUCGAUGGAGCCUCCAACAGCAGUUUCGAUCGAUCACAGAACGAUCACUCGCCACCGGUUACGCAAACCCAGGACGAAGAGAUGGCAGCGUCUCCACCGUCACCGGCGGGAGAUCGAAACAGUCCAGAUUGCGAACCGGCAUUCGAGUCAGAGGUCUCAACAAUCGCUCCGUCCAACAGUGGCACCUUGAUCGAUGAGGACAGUUCAUGCGAACCAACGAAGGUCGAUCACACGACUGGCGGCAACAGUAAUGGCGCAGAUAAUCGAAGCAGCAGCAAUGGAGCCAACCCACCGGCAGCUUCUUCAGCCACCGAAGUGGUCUGCUCUUGACUGAUUCAACGACGUUCCAAGAUGUUCCACGCGAACGAUCUACUUGUGAGUUCAUCGAUUGCCGAUGAUGCUCACCCGAUGAUGAGUGAUGUGGUGGGUGAAGAGUUUAAAAGUAGUGUCAGUAGUAGUGUUACCGUUGUUGAUGCUGCCGGUGGUGCUGGUACCGGUGCUGCUGUUGCUGCUCCCGUUGUCGUUUCAGUCAUGGAGGGCCUGUAGGUGGUAGUAAUUAACGUUGAGCGUGCUGCAAAUCCUAUAAAACACAAUUUACGAAGCUGCAAAAAUUGAUUGCUGUGCAGGAGAGAUCGAACAUAAAAGGAGAGUUGCGAUGCAGAGAAUCAGCCAUCAUUAUCGUUUAUUUCGAAGCAAUGAGGUCAAACAUUGCUCAGGAGUGAGUUCGAAGUGUUCGAGGACUGCGUCAACCCCAGUUCUAUGUAUCGCGAGUGUGCGCCAGGUAACUGAAUUGUUUCGUGAAGCUCGACCAUGUUUUGCGCUUGCUGAUGGUGGCGGUGCACGGCGUAAGGUAAGAUACGAUUUCCUUCUUCCAAGCUGCCGACGAUAAAGGUGAAGUCGAAAUAAGGACCCAUGGAUGCGCCUACACUAUCAUGCGCAUGAAGACGGAGGUGAUUUUUUUCUUCUUAAAUUUGAUAUAAUCCAUUAAGCGGUAACACCGGGAGGGUGACUGCCACAGCUUGAAACGUGAACCGUAGCAUCAGCAGCGUAGGUACGAACGCAGGCUUUCAUGGUAAAAUAGACGCAAUGGUCAAACACUACACGGCACUACUUGCAAAGGUGAACGUGUAACAAUUGCACAUGUUGAGGGCGAAGCGUGUAAAAGAGUAUGGAAAUAGUAAUUAGUAAAUAUAAAAGGGCUUCUGUAGUGGCCAGUGGAGCGAAAUCGAUUGAGGUAUGAUCGAUCGCCGGCGCCGCCACCGUCGGCAAGGAAACUGUAAAUAAUAAUUGAAACAGAACGAUGAGAGGUAGAGAGAUGUACGAUGCUAAUGUAACCACACAAAAAAGAAACACGAAGUAGAUAAAAGUAAUAUAAAAAACAUCAGAAUGUAAAAAUUAGCACGAUAGAGAUGACACUUAAAUAGAGAACCCGAUUAAGUGCGGCAAAAGGAGAAAAGAUUAAAGGUAGUGAGCGAGUUAGGUGUUGGCGAAUUAUCAAGCAAAUUCCGUCGAAGCUCUGUUAAAAGGGAACGCACGUCAUGUGGUAGUAGUGUCGUGUGCGCUGCCGAGUGUAAUUCAUAAGUUCUUUUUUGUGGCCUUCGAACCACCGAUGAUCGUUAGUCCGCGUGUUAUUUUUUUCUUAAUUUUUGCUUUUUUAUUUCAUUUUCACAUUCUUUUUCACUUUCUCAUGUAUCUUUUGUAUACUUUUUACAGUUCAGUUCCGCUACCGCUCGUUUGACAAUAUGUUGAAGCGUAUCUUGGGUUAUCGCCGGAAAUGCAAGUUAAACGAUUGCCGGUUCGAACAUAUUUCUCUCAUCGCAGAGAACGUUUCCUUUUCGGGGUAAUAACUGAGAAAAUAUCCCAUGGUUCCCCGAGUUUGAGUAUUCGAAUCGAAAAGCCGUUGUUUUUUUUUAAUUUUGGGCCCUAAGUUUCGACUAGACCCUUGUCUAUGCCCACGUUUUCUACUCAAUUACAUAAAAAUCAUUAUGCGGUCGAUUCUAGGGACAAGAGUCCGUAGGUCGCUCGGAAUGAAAGACAGAAUGUGUAAUUAUACACAAGGCAUGCAGCAACAUUAGCAAAUAGAAUGCGUUGUGUGGUGUGGAGAUAGGUUCGGUAGGUUCCCAGAGAUGUAAGGACUGCAGUAGCAAGCUUUCCAACACGCGGCUAUGGGAUCGCAUCAUAGGGACAUGGAUUCAUAAUACUUGUAACGGCAUUCGAAAGGGACAAGCAAAAAAUUAACUUAUGAUAAUUUACUUAAAUCUUUGCUCCUGUGUGGUACGGCGGCCCUCAACAUUCUUGCGCAGCAAGUGAAGCCAGCUGAGAACAACAUGGCGUAAUUUCGUUCACUCGGAAGUAAGAGUGAUUGUAUUGCUACUUAUAGUAUAAAAAUACAUCUAAGCUACCUCCUCCGGGAAAGAUAUUUGUUUCCCAUAACUCCUGGCUGGAGGUAUCGCGACAUAUACACAGACAUAAAACGAUAUCAGACCCUGGGCGCUCGUGCAGUCAUGUACCGGGUGUCUGAGUCUUCGGCGUCUACUGACUGCCGUGAGAAAAUUAAACCGAAAAUCGUCUAUGGAAGGAACCCAUGGAUCGGUCGAGACAAACAAUUUUCAAAUGAUUUUCUUUUCCUCACUGAUCGCGCAUCAGUGACACACGCCGAAGAGGUUGUGGGAAAAUGGGACGCGGACGUUAAAUGAUCCUUGAAUGUGCAGCAGCAAACCUGCACAGUCUACCGAAUCAUCAAACCGGCGGUCGAUGGGUCUUAUCAUCAUCUUCUCGCAACGCAUGAAACAAACGGAAAAGAGAAGAAUAGUGAGGAUAGUGACCACCAACACCGGGACUGGCGCAGGUUUAACACGAACGAAAUACAAACAAAUGUAACAUUCAAUGUAUCGCAUACCGAUUUGAGAAGUUUUCAAUAAAGGUACAUUUAACCCCCCGU